AUGGAAACUCCAUAUUGGAUUUCUUACUUCAUACCAUGCCUUGCCACUCUAGCCAUCCUCCUCCUCUCCUUUCGUUUUUGCCAUCGUCGGAAACUCAUCUUACCGCCCGGUCCGAAACCCUGGCCGUUAAUCGGCGACCUCAACCUCCUUGGCUCACUUCCCCACCGGUCCAUCCAUGCCCUCUCGUUGAAAUACGGCCCCAUCAUGCAACUUAAAUUCGGGUCAUUCCCCGUUGUGGUUGCUUCGUCUGUUGAAAUGGCCAAAGCGGUGUUGAAAACCAAUGAUGUUAUCUUCACCGAUCGGCCUAGAAACGCUGCCGGAAAAUACACUACUUAUAAUUACUCCGAUAUUACGUGGUCUCCCUACGGUCCAUACUGGCGGCAAGCACGUAAAAUAUGCAUGACGGAACUUUUUAGUGCGAAACGUCUAGAGUCGUACCAACAUAUCCGAAGAGAAGAGGUGAAUUUGUUUCUAAAAAGGUUAUACGAAUCAUGUGGUACCACGAUUGUUUUGAAAGAACAUCUAUCGAGCUUGAGUCUUAACGUGAUCAGUAGGAUGGUUUUGGGGAAAAAAUACACGGAAGGGACUGGGGAAAAUGAGAUCGUGUCCCCAAAGGAGUUCAAUGAGAUGCUUGAUGAGUUGUUCUUGCUUAAUGGUGUGCUGGAUAUCGGCGACUCGAUCCCUUGGCUCAGUUUCCUGGAUUUGCAGGGCAAUAUUAAGAGAAUGAAGGCGUUGAGCAAGAAGCUGGACAGGUUCUUGGAACAUGUGUUGGAUGAACACGACGAAAGGAGAAAAGGGGUCCAAGAUUAUGUAGCAAAGGACACGAUGGACGUGCUUUUGCAGCUUUCUGAGGAUCCCAACCUUGAUGUCAAGCUUGAAAGGCAUGGUGUCAAGGCAUUUUGUCAGGACUUGAUUGCGGGUGGAACCGAUAGUUCAGCAGUGACAGUAGAAUGGGCAAUCUCAGAGCUGUUGAAAAAGCCAGAAAUUUUGGCCAAGGCCACAGAAGAACUAGAUAGAGAAAUCGGUAGGGAACGAUGGGUGGAAGAGAAAGACAUUGUGAACCUACCUUUCAUCGAUUCCAUUUCCAAGGAAACAAUGCGGUUGCACCCUAUUGCACCAUUGCUUACGCCACGCGUUGCUCGCCAAAACUGCAAAUUAGCUGGUUACGACGUUCCCAAGGGCACCAGAGCCUUGGUAAACGUUUGGACAAUCGGUAGGGACCCUAGUCUUUGGGACAAUCCCAAUGAGUUCUGGCCCGACAGAUUCAUGGGAAAGACAAUUGAUAUUAAAGGUGGUGAUUUUGAGUUGUUGCCAUUCGGAGCAGGAAGGAGGAUGUGUCCUGGAUAUCCUUUGGGGAUUAAGGUCAUUCAAACAAGUUUGGCUAAUGUUUUGCAUGGAUUUACUUGGAAAUUACCUCACAAUAUCUCAAACCAUAAUUUAAAUAUGGAGGAAAUCUUCGGACUUUCCACCCCUAGAAAAUACCCACUUCAAGUUGUGGCAGAGCCUAGGCUCCCUCUUCACAUGUACUCUCCGUGAU